AUGAACGCUGAGAGCAGAAAUCUGACCACCGUGGGAAAACUGAAGCUCCCAUCGCCCCCUCCACACGCAACAUUAGCUAGCUUGUCUCCCACAUACCCUGAGCUAGCUACCCCCUUCACUCUGUUGUUGGAGACGGAGGGUAUGGUGUCUGUUGUGGACGGUGGCUGCGGAUCGGAGGCCGGACACAAGCGGAGACGCACGGGCGGCUCGUCCCCUCCAACAGACGCGCUCACCCCGGCUAGACAGCGCAGGUCAGAGGCCAGGCACAGGAAACAGAAACUCAUAUCCAGGCUGAGUGACUCCGGCUUCCAGGAGGACCUGGGAGACUCUCCGGUCUCAUCCCCGACCCAGACACCCACAGUGUCCCCGCUCCGAGUGCAGGAGCCCGCAGCUGGACAGCAGCUGUCCGGCGGCUGGUUCCUCCAGUACGGAGACAUCGGCUUCCGCGUCCAGAGGGAGAGAGAGGAUCACUUCCAUCCCUGCAGGAGCUUGGCACAACAGCCACAGCUGACGGCAGAGGCGCGCUGUAAGCUCGUCAGCUGGCUCAUCCCUGUGCACAGACAUUUCCGCCUGUCGUUCGAGUGCUGCUGCCUGGCGGUGAACAUCAUGGACAGGUUCCUGGCAUCCACAGCAGUGGCUGCUGACUGCUUCCAGCUGCUGGGGGUCACUGCACUUCUUUUAGCCACUAAACAGGUGGAGGUUGGCUCGCCACGGAUCAGCCAUCUCUUGUCAUUGUGCUGCGAUGCCUUCACCAAGGAGCAGCUCUGCAACCUGGAGUGUCUCAUCCUCCUUCGCCUCAACUUCCGCCUCGCUGCACCCACCCUGGCCUUCUUCAUAGACUACUACACCAACUGCAUGGAGGCCGCCCAGAACGAAGCUGGUGGUGGUUUUGCAAGAAGGAAUAUGGACACGAAAAGACCCAGGCGGUGCAGCGACCUUGCACGAAAGGUGUGCGAGCUGAGUUUAGCAGACUAUGCUUUCAACAAGUACCCAGCGUCUCUGACUGCCAGCUGUGCACUGAGGCUCGCCAGUGAGCUGCUGAAAACGGAGCAGGGGCUCACAAUCCAGUCAGGGGAAGACCAGUGGGACAGUUUUGUGGAUGAGCCAUGUGUCCAAACAGCCUUAUCUGAGAGAUCUGUAGAUCAGGAGGGCCACAACCAGAAUCUGGCUCGGGAAUGCAAAGACAACCUGAAGAUGCUGGUGUCUUUAAACCAGGAGAAACUGGACAGGAUGUCCAACAUGUGA